AUCACCGAUAAAGGCAGCCGCAGCCCCAAGAAAAGGGAAAGAGGGGCAAGUCACAAUUCACACAACCUGAGUGUGAAGUUAACACAGCAAUUUCACAGGAGAUCUACCCCGGAAACCGAGCCCGAAGGCGAAUACAGAGGUGCUGUGGAGAAGCGGCUACUGAAAGCCACAGCCCUCCGUCUCAUUGUAUUGAAGUGCACAGAGCUGGAAGAGCAACCAUUUAUCUAAACAUUUAAAAAUUAAACCUUAAGUGAUAUUUCUGGCCAUUGCAUAGAGAGAGAGAGAAAAAAAUCACUUCUUCUCAGAUAUUAAAAAAAAACAUUUUAAUUAAAAACUAACGAAUGUUUUCGGGACUACAGAGAAAGUGUAUUUAUUAUGUCAGUAACACUCCAGUACAAUAGGCGAGAUGAAGGAAAAGUCCAAAAAUGCCGCGAAGACGAGAAGAGAAAAGGAAAAUGGGGAAUUUUACGAGCUGGCUAAAUUACUGCCUCUACCCUCGGCCAUCACCUCUCAGCUGGACAAAGCCUCAAUCAUUAGACUGACGACCAGCUAUCUCAAGAUGAGGGCUGUAUUUCCUGAGGGUCUGGGAGACGCCUGGGGACAAGCUAGUCGCGUAAGCCCUUUGGACAAUAUGGCCAGAGAAUUAGGAUCCCAUUUACUUCAGACUCUAGACGGCUUUGUCUUUGUAGUCGCGUCUGACGGUAAAAUCAUGUACAUAUCGGAAACAGCAUCAGUCCAUCUGGGGUUGUCCCAGGUGGAACUAACUGGGAACAGCAUUUAUGAGUAUAUUCAUCCCUCUGAUCACGAUGAGAUGACAGCUGUCCUCACAGCUCACCAGCCUCUCCAUCCUCAUCUACUGCAAGAAUACGAAAUUGAGCGCUCCUUCUUUCUACGCAUGAAAUGUGUUCUGGCCAAAAGAAAUGCAGGUUUGACUUGUGGUGGUUACAAGGUAAUCCACUGCAGUGGGUAUUUGAAAAUACGACAGUAUGUGUUUGAUGUAGCUCUCUAUGAUGGCUGUUACCAGAUUGUGGGACUAGUGGCAGUGGGACAUUCACUACCACCCAGCGCUAUUACAGAAAUCAAACUUCACAGCAACAUGUUCAUGUUCAGAGCCAGUCUAGAUCUCAAACUCAUUUUCCUAGACUCAAGGGUUGCAGAGUUGACUGGAUACGAACCUCAGGACCUGAUAGAGAGGACUCUGUACCAUCACGUGCAUGGAUGUGAUGUUUUCCAUUUAAGAUACGCACAUCACCUCUUGCUGGUCAAAGGACAAGUCACAACGAAGUACUACAGGCUGCUGUCAAAGCAUGGAGGCUGGGUGUGGGUUCAGAGCUAUGCUACCAUUGUUCACAAUAGUCGUUCUUCCAGACCUCACUGCAUUGUGAGCGUCAACUAUGUCCUCACGGACAUUGAAUACAAGGAACUGCAAUUAUCACUGGACCAGACUACAGCCACCAAGUCCUCAUUUCCAUACAAGAUGCUGCUCUCUACCUCACAUGAAAGCCAAAAACAACUGAAACCCAAAAUUUCCAAGCUGAAGUCUAAGCUAAAAACAUCUCCUUAUCCACAGCAAUAUAAUUCAUUCCACACCGAGAAAGCUGAUUGUGACCACACUAGUAACUGGGGAGGAAGCCCCUUGCUGAACAUUGUAUCACCCCAGGAAAACACUUCUCACCAGGAGAACAAUGAACUUCUUUAUGCCUCAUCACAUGGGCAUCCUUUCACCUAUACCUAUGGACACUUCCCACUGGAUACCCAAGUGCUUGCCAGCAAAAAACAGAUGACCCCUAGUAGGAUAGCUCAGAGUCAAAGAUCACCUUGUGAAACAGCAAGAUUUUAUGUGGGUGCAUUUCAAGCAACCAGUGACAGCUGCUGGCACCUGACAAGUUCAUCAUCAAUUCAAAGUCGUUCUCCCUCGAAGAGUCUGCAGGAUCACCCCAUCAGUGAAUCCCAGUAUUGUUCUGCACAGAAUUAUCAAUGUGCAUUGCCUAACAGCAGGCAGUGUGGAGGAGCAACAUCUGGAACCUUCUCAAGUUGUGCAUCAUCAAGACUAAACAAUAAAUAUAAGGAAGAACUUUACAUUAACCCCGUAAAGCAAAACAAAGUAGAAGUAUUGCAUCCUGUGCAGCAUGUUAUCAAGGAAGAGUGUAAGGUACUGUUCAAACAUAAUUCUCAGGAGAAAUUAUGCAAUGAUGGAAAGUGUUUUUCACCGGUUUUGAAUAAUUCUUUGUUAGCUAAGUCAGACUCUGAUGCAACCAAGUCAAUGGCAAGGAUAGGCCAACAACUUUUACCAACCCAAACACCAUAUGAACAGACCAGGAGGAUUUGUAUGAAAGAGCUCCAGUAUGAACAUGGCAACCAUCACAAACCCAAUCUGGACAACAUGAAUAACGUUAGGGCCACUACAAAACUGAAUGAGGGGAGGGUACACGAACAGCAGGAACCAUUGGGUAUGGGGACAUCAGGACAAACCCAGCUUGGAUCCUUAAGUUACGGCCAGUUCUUUUCAAAGCACACCUUUCAAAGAUCACCCUGCGCGGUUACAGGUUACAUCAUGGAAAAUCGGGGAUAUGCUGCUGAUGAGAAGAAUUCUUUCGGCUACAGAAACCCACGUCCAGCAUUGAACUCUUCACCAGAAAUGCACCAAGAGCCUGUCCUUCCACAUUACAUAGGAACAUCUGUCAUAAUAACAAAUGGAAGGUGACAAGGAAUUUAUUUA